GUCUGUGAGAACCUGAGGAAAUUGGAGAUCACUGGAGUGUCCUGUCGAGAUGUUUAUGCCAAACGUAUAAACCCACGAGUGAAGUCGGGGCGUUUUAUGAAAAUCCUUCCCGACUACGAGCACAUGGAGUACAGAGAUGUUUACACCUGCCUGCUGCACCGAUACCGACACAUCCUGGGGCUGUGGCAGCCGGACAUCGGGCCCUAUGGGGGACUGCUGAACGUGGUGGUAGAUGGGCUGUUCAUCAUUGGGUGGAUGUAUCUGCCACCUCACGACCCUCACGUUGAUGAUCCCAUGAGGUUCAAGCCUCUCUUCAGGAUUCACCUCAUGGAGAGGAAAAGUGCAACAGUUGAGUGCAUGUAUGGUCACAAGGGGCCUCAUAAUGGCCACAUCCAGAUUGUAAAGAAGGAUGAGUUCUCCACAAAGUGCAACCAGACAGAUCACCAUCGGAUGUCAGGGGGCAGGCAAGAGGAAUUCCGGACGUGGCUGAGGGAGGAGUGGGGCAGGACUCUGGAGGACAUCUUCCAUGAGCACAUGCAAGAGCUCAUCUUGAUGAAGUUCAUCUACACCAGCCAAUACGACAACUGCUUGACCUACCGACGCAUCUACCUCCCUCCUAGCAGCCCCGACGACCUUAUAAAGCCAGGUCUCUUCAAGGGGACCUAUGGGAGCCACGGGCUGGAGAUUGUCAUGUUGAGCUUUCAUGGAAAGAAAGCAAAGGGGACUAAAAUCACCGGAGAUCCCAACAUCCCAGCUGGGCAGCAGACCGUAGAGAUCGACCUGGCACACCCCCUGCAGCUCCCUGACAUCGAAAACCUGCGUGACUUCAGCGAGCUGUCCCGCCUCGUCCUGGAGGUGCAGGAGCAGGUCCGGCGGGAGGAGCAGCAGCAGCAGCAGCAAGAGGAGGAGCACUGCCAGCCUGCUGCCAAGCCCCCGGGUGGAGAAGGGGCCGAGGGGGAAGAGACUGCAGCUGGGGCAGAGGGGACGACCCAGGACAAGGCGCCAGCUUCCCAGCCCUUCGUGCUGCCCAUGGGAGUCAUAUCAAGGAAUGAGGACUACCCCCGGACCUGCCGGAUUUGUUUUUAUGGGACGGGGCUCAUUGCUGGCCAUGGCUUCACCAGCCCCGAGAGAACCCCGGGGCUUUUCGUUCUCUUCGACGACGACCGCUUCGGAUUCAUCUGGCUGGAGCUGAAAUCCUUCAGCCUCUACAGCAGGAUCAAGGUCUCCUUCCAGAACGCCCAAGCACCUUCCCGGGAGGCUUUUGAUGAGAUGCUGAAGAACAUUCAAUCCCUGGCUACUUGA